GCCGCCCCUCCGACACCGCCUGCUCCGUCCGCCACCCGCCCAUGGCCGGGAAGGCGCUGUCACUGCUGCCGCCGUUGCUGCUGGCCGCCGCGGGCCUCUGCGGCCUCCUGCUGCUGUGCGUCCCUACUCGCGAUGUCCGGGAUCCGCCCGCCCUCAAGUACGGCAUCGUCCUGGACGCCGGCUCCUCCCACACGUCCAUGUUCAUCUACAAGUGGCCUGCGGACAAAGAGAACGACACCGGCAUCGUGGAGCAGCACAGCUCCUGCGGCGUGCGCGGGGGGGGCAUUUCCAGCUACGCCGACAGCCCCUCCGGGGCUGGCCAGAGUCUGGUCGAAUGCCUGGACCAGGCGCUCCGGGAGGUGCCCAAGGAGAGGCACGCGGGCACACCCCUCUACCUGGGAGCCACGGCGGGCAUGCGCCUGCUCAACCUGACCAGUCCAGAGGCCUCGACCAAGGUGCUCGCGGCCGUGACGCAGACGCUGACCCAGUACCCCUUUGACUUCCGUGGCGCCCGCAUCCUCUCUGGCCAGGAUGAGGGGGUGUUUGGCUGGGUGACCGCCAACUACCUGCUGGAGAACUUCAUCAAGUACGGCUGGGCAGGCCGGUGGUACCGGCCGAGGAAGGGGACGCUGGGGGCCAUGGACCUGGGCGGCGCCUCCACGCAGAUCACCUUUGAGACGGCCAGCCCGGCCGAGGAUCCGGCCGACGAGGUCCAGCUGCGGCUCUACGGCCAGCAGUACCGCGUCUACACCCACAGCUUCCUCUGCUACGGCCGCGACCAGGUCCUCCUCAGGCUGCUGGCCAGUGUGCUCCAGACCCACAGCUCCCACCCCUGCUGGCCUCAAGGCUACUCCAGAGAAGUGCUGCUCCAGGACGUGUACGGGUCGCCCUGCACCGCGGCCCAGCGGCCCCCGGGCUUCAACAGCAGCGGCAGGGUCAGCCUGGCAGGGACUGGCAGCCCUGCCCUCUGCCGCGGCCUCGUCGCCGGGCUCUUCAACAUCUCUUCCUGCCCCUUCUCCCGAUGCUCCUUCAACGGCGUCUUCCAGCCCCCCCUGGCGGGGGACUUUAUCGCCUUCUCCGCCUUCUUCUACACCGUGGACUUCCUGAGGACGGCGAUGCGGCUGCCCGUGGCCACCCCGCAGCAGCUGGAGGCCGCUGUGGUCGCCGUCUGCAACCAGACGUGGAGCGAGCUGCAGGCUCGGGCGCCGGGAGAAGGGGCGCACCUGCCCAGCUACUGCGCCGGGGCCAUGUUCGUGCAGCAGCUCCUGAGCAGGGGCUACGGCUUCGACGAGCGCGCCUUCAGUCGCCUGACCUUUGAGAAGAAGGCCGGGGACACCGCGGUGGGCUGGGCGCUCGGCUACAUGCUGAACCUGACCAACAUGAUCCCCGCCGACCCGCCGAAGCUGCGCAAGGGCACCGACUUCAACUCCUGGGUGGUCCUCCUCCUGCUCUUCGCCGCCUUGCUCCUGGCCGCGCUGGCCCUGCUCGUGCGCCAGGCGCGGCCCGCCAAGUCGCCGAGCGCCAUCUAGGGACUGGCUGGGGGCGCACCCCUCAGCCCACCGCCCUCCACCUCUCGGCCGCUGAUGCAGCCCGGAGCCCGAGACGGGGGCUGUAGCACGCACUCCCACGGGGGCCGGGGUUGGGGGCGAAAGGAACCGGACACAGCCCCUUCAGCCCGUCCAGCCUUUCCCGGUCUCGAGGCCUCGCGCCCCUUCUGCAGUGGGUGGGUCGGGUAGCAUCCCAUCUCCCUCCGCCUGUUACUACAAGAUGGGUCUCCGGGAAGUGGAGCUCUUAUUGAUAAUCAGAGUCCUCCGAGACACCCCAACUCGGGUCUGUGUUAGGGGGAGGGUCACAGCCAAUAGGCUGCGGGCCAGCCCAGGGUCUACUUGUAAGACUUUGUAAUAAAACCUUUGU